AUCAAAGAUCUCCAUUUUUGCUCUCAGAUUCAAACACACAAAUUAACAAGCCCCAAGCCCCACUAGUUGAUUUUCUAUAAAUUUUAAAAGGGGUUGUUCAAUUUUCGUUGCCUCAACACGAAAUGGCAUCCGUAAAUGGAAACAAUGAAGGAGGAGGUGCUGCAGGUGCCAGAGUCACCAAGUUUUUGCAAUGGUUAAUGGCCUUGCCUAGCGAGUUUAGUGCUAAGGUAGUGGAUGUGAUGUCACAAAUAAAGAAAGUGGGAAAAGAAGAUCCAAGAAGGGUGAUUCAUGCGUUAAAAGUAGCACUCUCCAUCACCUUAGUUUCAGCAUUUUACUAUGUCAACCCUCUUUAUGAUGGUUUUGGCUCAUCUGCAAUGUAUGCAGUUUUCACUGUCAUUGUUGUCUCAGAGUUCUCCGUAGGAGCAACACUUGGAAAAGGUUUAAAUAGAGGUUUUGCAACGUUUUUGGCUGGUGCUCUUGGGCUUGGAUCUUAUUACCUGGUGCAUUCAAUUUCAACAGAACACAUAGUGGAGCCCAUACUUCUAGGAACCUUAAUUUAUCUGAUAACUGCAGGAAUCACAUAUUUUCGAUUUUUACCUCAAAUAAAAGCGAGAUACGAUUACGGGUUGCUGGUGUUUAAUUUGACAUUCUGUCUGGUGUCUGUGUCAAGCUACAGAGACCACGAGGUACUAGACAUUGCAUUGAAAAGGGUAAUCUCAAUUAUCUCAGGAGGUUUAAUUUCUGUAUCAGUCAGCAUUUUCGUGUGUCCCAUAUGGGCCGGUGGUGACCUUCACAAUCUAGAAUCUAAAAAUAUUGAAAAACUAGGCAACUUUCUAGAAGGUUUUGGAGAGGAAUAUUUCGGGAGAUCAGAGGGUGGAGAAUCAAACAAAUUAUUUAUUCAAGGAUAUAAAAGUGUUCUUACUUCAAAACAAGUUGAAGAAACUUUUGCCAAUUUUGCAAGGUGGGAACCGUGCCAUGGACGUUUCAGAUUUCGUCAUCCAUGGCAACAAUACUUGAAGAUUGGAAACUUGUCAAGGCAGUGUGCCUAUCGUAUUGAUGCCCUUAAUGGCUUCCUUAAUUCUGCCAAGACACCAUUAGAAAUGAGAGGCAAAAUACCAGAUCCAUGCAUCAAGAUGAGCACAGAAGCAGGAAAGGCUUUAAAGGAAUUAGCAAUGGCAAUCCAUAAAAUGAUUCCACCAUCUGCUGCAAACCCUCACAUUGCCAAAUCUAAGAUUGCUGCCACCAACCUUAGGUCCAUCAUGAAAACAGGAUUGUGGGAAGACACAAAUCUCUUUGAGGUUAUUCCUGUUCUGACUGUGGCUUCCCUAUUGCUUCAUGUGGUUUCUUGCACUGAGAAACUAGCAGAGUCAAUACAAGAAUUAUCCACCCUAGCAAAAUUUAAGAACCAAGACAGUGAAUUUGUCCCAAAGAGUCCUCAACAGAAGGAAACUCCACAACCAUGUUGUCACAACAGUGGACCACAUCAUGUUGUUACUAUUAAUUAACCGAACUUAUGCAAAUGUAUCCCACAUAAUGGGAAUUCCUAACCGCUUAUGUUUUACUGACUAAUUGGUAAAUUAAUCAAUAAACACAAUCGGCCUACCCACAA